AUGACUGCGGCAACUGUCAACUCACACCUAUCGCAAAGUCGUGGGAGUAUCUCCGCGCUUGACUUCGGACAUCGGAACCCAUCUCCUGAGCUGUUCACCGAGACACAUAAGAUCGCAGGUCGCGCUGAUGCUUCUAAAGAAACCCAUGAAGUUAUUUCCUGGAUUGGAAGUGAUUCGGAAUCAGAUGACCCGAAAGAUCUUGCUCGUGGCCUUAUUGACAAUGCUUUCGAUGCGUUGAUUAAAGCAUGUUCGCUUUUGCCUUUUCAUGGGCACAAUGCGGCCCUAAUUCUCGGAAAAGUGAGAGAUAAUAUCCAUCGUGAUAUAUCUGCCUACCCGCGCGCACAUUUGGUGGAGAGGAAAGCCGGAAGACAGUCAAUAAGUGCUAUAGGCGGUAUCGAUGAGAACUCAAAGCUCGGAGAAACCCUUGUUCAGAUUGUCAAGCUUGAGUGCGAAUGUGUAUCGGUAACGGGGUAUCUUGGCACACAUCUUGUCCGUGCUCUUGGGGACAUCGCGCUGAAGGCCACCGAAGGUCUCGCAGGCGGAGGAAUUGAAGAUUCUUUGGAUGGCCUCAGGAACCAGUUCCGCAAUAAGAUGACUGCUGUAGCAGAAGAGCUUUUCGCACCCGAAGCAAACUGUGGUACUGACGCUUCCACUACUGCUGACGACAUAGAUAUAGGAAACAUCGGCGAAAACGAAAACUCCACAAUCGAAGACGAUUUGGGUUCGCUUUCCACUGACGGAUGUCGCUGUUUAUCGUCAACUCUAUAUCUUGCCAUCCAUUUACUUCGUGCUUAUUUUGAGGUGAAACUCGACAUUCUUGCUGCAAUACUUGGUGGCUCUUUACACCCACUUGCUAACCUUCUGGACGAUCUCAAAGAUCUUCUUCGUCAGGUCCUCUUUGCCGCUGGGGAGAUUAUUCGACCCGAUAAUGUGUGUCAUGGGUCGUUCUAG